AUGAAAGUUUGUCAGUUGACUGAUCGAAUAGAAGCGCUGGAACAAGAAGUGGAAAAAUAUCGGAUAUUGGCAGGAAUUGAAAAUCUCACCCGAUCAUCAUUGCUCGACGAAUCCAACCACGCGCAUCGUUCCGAAACAGGCCCUUGUUCCCCGCCUUCUCAUCCCGGCUUCGAGAGACGUUUUAUGAAGCGCUUCACCACCAGUUCUCCGGUUCGCGGGGAUCGCCCACGCCCAAUGCGUGUUGGUUUCAGUUUUCCCGAGGCUGUCGAUGCCGAUAGCAAUCCGCACAAACCGCCCCAGCGACCUCGAGCUCGCAGUGAAGUGACAGAUGCCGCUGACGCUAUGCGAUCCGCGAUCGAUUCCCCACCACCACCACCACCUCCUCCUGCCUCAAAUGCGCCGGAAGUCGUCGAUCGAACUGGUGUCAUCAGCCCGACUACGAGCUCACCCGGCUCCCAUUUGUCCGAUUUUGUGACAGACGAAUUGCCCCGAACCAAAGGAUUUCUACGGCGAUUGAAACAAAUGAGCGCCGCAACCGCUGCGAAUACGGCAACCGGAGGUAGUGGUAGCAGCACGGGCACGGAUUCUGGUUUGGGAAACUCGAGAACAAGUAGAACGGAUUCCCGAGACACAAGCACAAGAUCCGAAUUUUCCAUGGAUACAGAAGAUGGAGACAGAUCUCAAUAUCGCCAGACUAGUACAACAGAUCGUACCCCACAAGUACCCCAACGCAAUGCGGACUUGUUUCCACGAUCACUGGAACGGUCUGAUCGAACACCGAUGACCACCGCUUUACCACCGCAUCUCGAUAAUACCGAGCGUGCAGAUCCCUAUCAUUCGACUGAAGUGGAACCGGCCCCGUCCGCGUCCAAUUCUGCACAGGCCACCGAUGUUCUCGGUCGCGCGUUGCAUGCCAUGCAUCGAACUAACUACCCAACAGGGUUCACGGCGAACGAGGCUGGUUCACACGGGCCGCGGCUUCGAGUAAGCAUCUGCAUAGUUGUUUAA